AAAUGUUACUGCGGCUGCUGUACACUCUCGAUGAUUUAAAUAUCACAAACCAUUCAUUCAGUGCCUAGGGGUGAGUGAUAUCGAACGUGUGUGACAAUGACGCUGCCAGUGAUAUCUUGGUUACUGAUGAUCUUCAUAGUUUCAGCGGAGACUGUCCUCGACUAUCACUGUCUAGAGUCGUCUACAAAGUACCGAUGUGUGAUGGAGCAAGUCAGCUACCAUCCCGGGCAACGAAUCAGUUUUCCAAGAGGAUAUCAGCACUUUCGCAUUGGUACGGCGAAUGUUUCCACUUCGGUUGAGUCAAACAUCACGACGCUGGAUGAAGCUUUGUAUGUAGCAAUGGAUUGCCCUGCCGUCAUCGAAAUGGAGUUCGUUAAAAUGUGGCGCUUGGUUUUACCCCCGGAUCUGGCAUUCGGUAACUUUGCCAACAACGGAAUACACAUUAUUGUCAUCAAUCCCACCAGAAGUUACCGAAUCACUUAUCUAGACCUGCAUUCCAAUUUGAUUUCCAACAUCGGUAACCUCAGUGCGCUCGAGAAACUAGAGACGCUACGCCUAGAUCGGAACUACAUCGAAGUGAUUGACCCGAGCUCCUUUAGUUCGCUUACCAAACUGAAACGGUUGAACCUCAGAGGCAAUCAUUUGCGUUCCUUUCCUUGGCACUCGCUGGCCAGCAGUGUAGUUCACAUAGAUAUUUCCAAAAAUAAGCUCGAAUCAGUAAACUUAACGGAUUUGUUGUUUCCGGCUCUAGUGUAUAUGAAUCUAGCAAAAAACGACAUAAAAGCGCUAAACGUAACGGAUAUUUUGCGAGCAGCCCCGAACCUGCGGGAGGCGUAUCUAUUCAACCAUGAGAUCCCUAUAGAUGAAAUGGGCGAUAUUGCGGGGGCCCUCCGCGAACGGGGUAUUAUUUACACCGAAGUUGAUGAACAAUAUUGCUGGCCCAACGAGGAUUACGUCGACGGUCGCUGUGUCAAGCGGCUGCUGCCGCGAAAGCCGAAGUACACAUGGAAAACGGCCGUGGUUGCGGUGUGCGUUCUGACGGGAUUAGGUUUGCUAGGUUAUAUCAUAUAUUUGGCCUAUUUACGAGUGAUUCGUUAAUUAAAGUGUGUGUGAUUCGCCCCUGUGACGUUAAUCAUGAUUGGCUGUAAUUUAAGUCUGAACCCCGUGAAUAGUUUUAAUUCGUAAUGAGUUUUUGAAUUUAGGGCAUAUUUUGCUUCGAAAAAAACAGUUGAUGGUUAAUUUGUUGAUGGCCUGGGAGCAAAAGUGAAAAGUGAUCUGAACGGUAUACAAAUUGGGAAUUUGUGCUGUUAAUGUUAAUGUUGCUCACAAUCAUGCUUAUCAAGCUAUUGAGCUUGAACGAACUAGCCUAGCUUUCCAAAAUGAAACGAAAUCAUUUAAUUACUAUGUUUUUUUGUAAAAGAUGACUUUCAACGACCCGUACUCGAAAAAAAAUCACCGAAAUUGCCGGUACCCAACCAGCACCCGACCCGUCCUGAAUUUUUUAUUCUAUUUUUUUCUUUUCAAAAUACCUGAUUACCUUGCACAUUUCAUGCACUGAUUGUAACAUGUAACAUUUCCCGAGAUGAUGGUCGGAGUUAGGCUGGGCUUGACCAUUUUUAUCGCGCUGCAAAAUAUCUAUUCAUAACUGUGUACGGAGCAUUUGGGUUCCAUUUUUCGUGUUAGUUACCUCAUAUUCAAAUUGAUCAAAAACUUCAAUUAUUUAUUAUGUAUGCAUACGUAUAAUUCAUAUGAAUUGCUGGAAUUUUUUAUUUUCUUUUCGAGAGAUUAAUAAAAAUUCAAUAGAUUUUUUUUUAAAUUCACACUAAUUUUAUUAUGAACCAGAUCAAAACAACAAGAAGAAUAGGGUAAAUUAACCUAUAGUGGACCCCUUUAUUUAAUUAUCUUAUAUUUUUGAUACAGACUGGCUGGACAAGAUUUUUCUCGAUGAAAGUUUUCUGAAAAUCAUUCGAGUUUUCACAUAAAAUGAAUUAAUUUCCUGGGAAGGGGUCCACUAUAUGGUAAUUUACCCUACUAGAACAUCAUGGAGAAUGGUGAAAAAUGCAUGUCUGGUAGAGUUUAAAAUAAACGACAUGUUUUAUGUGCACAUCGCAGGAACCUGACAUCUAAAAUUCGGUGUAAAACAGAUAUUUCUGUACAUACGGCAUCCCUGGUCACAGUGCAAACCAAGACCUGGGCGGGAGAAACGAAAACUACACUCAAAAUUUGUCGAAACAGAUGACACACACAUUCGUCGUUUUUUGAUAGCGUGUAACUUCCUGCUGUAACCCGAGCAUGACUCGAACAAAGUUUUUAGUAACAUCAGGAAUACUAAAUGUGAAAAUUUGUCUGUAAAACAUAGAUUUUUCGAGUCAGUUUCUUCAGAUUUUUUUGUGUAUAUAAGUUAAGUUCGACACCACCGAAACUCCAACAGUUGACAACAGUCCCGUCCCAGUUCAACGCAUAGGCACCCGCACGGAAAAAUUGAAGUCAGCAAUACCGGUGCCAGGUAGCAACGGACGCACGGCAACAUCGAUCAUCGGAAUCGGCGCGGACAACGUCACCAACGGCUCAUCGAUUAGUGCGAGAUCAGCAGUUUUAGGGACAAAGCCAGGGCAAGUGUAUAUUUGGAAUUGACAAUUAAAUCAUUCUCAGUUAGACCUACAAACGGUUCAGUACUAGUUUUAACUUUUCAAAUACACUCCUAAACUUCAUGAAAACUUAAGUGGCGCAGUCGGCGCGGAUGUGAUAAGUGUUUUCGAUCGCAAUCGUGCAUUCACGAACGAAUAUCGUGUGACUAUAGUCCUGUUCUAUCCGCAGAACUCAAGUGAAAUUAAAAAUAGCAGUAAUUUAAAAAUCAUAGUUGUAAAAACGAACGAAUAUCGUCAAUUUAAACAUAUAAGGCCAAUGAAUUUUAGAACGUUAAAUAAUAAUAUUAUCAAAUAUAAGUGAAUAUUGCUAAAAGAAAAAUUUUGAACUAAGUGUAGUGAAAAAAUAUUUUGUAGAAAAAUAGCGUAAUAUAAAACAUCAGCAGGGACCAACAAACGUCUUAAGAAAAUACGGAACAAAUAAUAAGCGGAGAAAAAUGGAACCAUCCUUUCGGACUCACCAUCUCCAUCCUACCAUCCAUUCAUACACAUCCCACCAUCCAAAUACACGACAUUACUAACAACGCAGGAGCGUUGAUCCUUUGAAGGGGGGAAGGAAAAAUAAUUGACGGACAUGGUAGACUUUUACAUGUGAUAGAUUUUGCCCAAUUCGAAAUAUCCUUGAAAAUAAUUGAACAUUGUAAACAAAAUUAAAAACACACCAACAGAUUGUUCAGAAAUUAUUCAACUCACGCUUAAAGAUCUCAAAUUUAUUUUCGAUACUUUGAUCAGCAAACCAAGUAGAGAUAGACGAGCUAUAGAUUUUUUAGGAAGCACAAUCAAAUUUAUAACAGGGAAUCAAGUGAGAGUUUCUGCUUUAUUUACAUAUUGUUUCAAACAUUCGCAAGUGAUAUAUUUGUUGAUAUUCCGAAUAUUCAAUAUCUUUCGGAAUAGCGUUAUCCUCGAAUGCAAGCAGAGAGUGUUGGCGAGCUCGAAGAAGCAUGUCUGUCAUGCAUUAUCCGGUUACCAAAAGAGUAAGCCACCGGUGUGAACGGCCCCAAGUUUAUUAGUUUGACACAGCAAAUGGAAACUUUCUUCUUACUUUUUUCAAGAGCGUAUCUUAUCAGUUAUUAACACAGGAUCUCUCGCUGAAGGAUGAGGGCUUUGAUUUUGAACAGGAGGUUGCCUGUAAAAAUGAGCUGAUUCGAAAGCGCUACGUUGCUUUUGGACCAGCAAACUCAUAGCGAUAAUCGUAACACUUCAGACUGCUUGAACCCGAUUUCAAAUAAGAAGUUAAAGUUUAGGUAAAAUUGAUAUACUCUAGAGAGAU